GCACACAGAAAACGGGCGAGAGAGAGAGAGAGAGAGAGAUGGUGAAUUUUGUUUUAGUACAUGGUUCAUGCCAUGGAGCAUGGUGUUGGUACAAGGUUAAGCCGGUGCUGGAGAGUGCAGGACAUCGAGUGACGGCAAUCGACCUUGCGGCUUCCGGGAUGAACAUGGCUAAAAUAGAAGAAGUCCAUACCUUCUCCGACUACACAAAGCCAUUGAUAGAGUUGAUGGAGUCACUUCCUCCAGGAGAGAAGGUAACCCUAGUAGGACACAGCUUUGGUGGCUACAAUUUGGCUCUUGCCAUGGACAAGUUUCCUCAUAAGAUAUCUGUAGCCGUCUUUCUCACAGCUCACAUGCCUGAUUGGACACAUUCUCCUUCCUAUGUCUUGGAUGAGUUUAUAGAGAGGACCCCACCAGAAGGUUGGUUAGAUACUCACUUUUCAUCCGAUCUGGACCCUGUGAUGCCACAAACUACAAUGCUUUUUGGCCCCAAGUUCUUGGCCUUCAAGCUCUAUCAACUCUCCUCUUCAAAGGAUUUGGCACUAGCAGAGAUGCUGAUAAGGCCUGGUUCAUUGUUCAAAGAAGAUCUAUCAAAGUGUAUGUCAUUCUCUGAAGAAGGAUAUGGCUCCAUUAAUCAAGUUUACAUUGUGUGCAAAAAGGAUUUAACUAUCACAGAGGAUUUCCAGCAUCGGAUGAUUGAGAAUAAUUCAGUUAAAGAAGUGAUGGAGAUAGAAGAUGCUGAUCAUAUGGCUAUGCUGUCAAAGCCCAAUGAAGUGUGUUGCUGCCUCUUGGACAUUGCCAACAAAUAUAAUUGAUUUGGUCUCUCAAAUUCUUGCUACCACUCUGGAGCACCUUCCUCAUUGUGAACAUUGAUGUUUUACCCUUCUUUUCCUUUCAUGAAUAAGGUUCAAAGUUGUUA